GCUCCUCCUCCAGUUUGUACAGAACACACCGGGAUCACUGCGGGACGGAGGAGACCCGGGAAGACUUCUAACAUUUUUCUCCGAGGUGAGGAGAACAGUGACUUGGAGAAAGAGAAGGAAGGGGAGGAGGGAGCAGAGUCUGGAGUGUACAGUAUGUCUACGAAGAGGGACCGGUCCAAAGAGGAUCCUCCAGACCCUAGUAAUGAACCUGGACCCUCAGACACAAAAAAGAGGAAGAAGAGUGAUGUUUUUGAGGAGGAGAAGCCGUCCUACUGUGCUUUGUGUCAGAACGUCCUGAAGGAUCCAGUCUCUACCAGCUGUGGACACUGGUUCUGCAGACGGUGCAUCACUUCAUACUGGGACCAGUCUGCUUCAUCAGGAGACUCCUGCUGUCCCCAGUGUGGAGAAAGAUGCAGAACAAUGGACGUGGUAAAGCAAGUACAUAAGAUCAGUGUGAAGGGGACGUUUGAACGUGUGACUGAAGGAAGUGAUGUAACAGGAAGUGGAACCCCCCUCAACAGCAUCUUCAUUGCGCUCUACAUCACAGACGAACUGAGUGAAGAAGUUAAUACCCAACAUGAGGUGAGGCAGCUCGAGACAGCUUCCAAGAUGGAGACCCUCCAUGACUCUCCAAUCAACUGCAGUCACAUCUUUAAAGCCUUACCUGACCAACAGAAACACAUCAGAGUCGUUCUGAUGAUCGGCGUCGCUGGCGUUGGAAAAACCUUCUCAGUACAGAAGUUCUGUCUGGACUGGGCCGAGGGUUUGGAAAACCAAGAUGUGGAUCUGGUGAUUCCUCUUUCCUUCAGGGAGCUGAACUUGAUCAAAGAUGAGCAGUACAGUCUUCUGGAGCUGCUCCGUGUUUUCCAUCCAUCAUUACAGGAGGUCACAGCAGAGCAGCUCGCUGGCUCUAAAGUUCUCUUCAUCUUUGACGGCCUGGAUGAAAGCAGACUUUACCUGGAUUUCAACAACAAUGAGGCUGUUUCUGAUGUCACACAGAAGUCAUCAGUCAACGCUGCUGUCGCAAACCUCAUCCAGGGGAAGCUGCUUCCCUCGGCUCUCGUCUGGAUAACUUCCCGACCUGCAGCAGCCAAUCAGAUCCCUCCUGCGUGUGUUGACAGGGUAACAGAAGUACGAGGCUUCACUGACGACCAGAAGGAGGAGUACUUCAGGAAGAGAGUCAGUGAUGAAGAGCAGUCCAGCAGAAUCAUCUCCCACAUCAAGACAUCCAGGAGCCUCCUUAUCAUGUGUCUGAUCCCAGUCUUCUGCUGGAUCACUGCUACAGUUCUGGACCACAUGUUAACUACAGACCAGAGAGGAGAGCUGCCCAAGACCCUGACUGACAUGUACUCACACUUCCUGCUGGUUGAGACAAAGAGGAAGAAGCUCAAGUAUGCUGAGGGACAUGAGAGGAGUCCACAGGAGCUGACGGAGGCUGACAGGGAAGUUCUUCUGAAGCUGGGGAGGCUGGCGUUUGAGGAGCUGCAGAAAGGAAACAUCAUGUUCUACCAAGAAGACCUGGACCGUUGUGGUCUGGAUGUCAGAGAGGCCUCGCUGUACUCAGGAGUUUGUUCAGAGAUCUUCAAAAGAGAGAGUGUGAUCUUCCAGAAAACAGUCUACUGCUUCGUUCAUCUGAGCAUUCAGGAGUUUCUGGCUGCAGUCUAUCUGUUCCACUGUUACACCAACAGGUACAUACAGGUACUCAAGGACUUCCUGGGACCAGACUGGAAAAACAAGAUCAUUGAUUUAUCUCUGGAUGAAGAUGAUGAUGACAGGGACAUAGAACAUUCCCAGUCCGUGGAUGAAGAUGAUGGUGUUGAUGAUGACAGGGACAUUGACCAUUCCCCAACCGUGGACAAAGAUGAUGGUGUUGAUGAUGACAGGGACAAUGCCCAUUCCCCACCCGUGGAAAAAGGUGAUGAUGAUGACGGGAAAAAUGACCAUUACCCAUCCCUGGAUGUCUUCCUGAAGAGAGCCUUGGAGAAAUCCCUUAGGAGUAAAAAUGGCCACCUGGACCUGUUUGUCCGGUUCCUUCAUGGCCUCUCUCUGGAGUCCAACCAGAGACUCUUAGGAGGCCUGCUGGGUCAGACAGACAACAGUCCAGAAAUCAUCCAGAGAGCCAUCAACAACCUGAAGGAGAUGAACAGUAAUAAGAUCUCUCCUGACAGAAGCAUCAACAUCUUCCACUGUCUGACGGAGAUGAACGACCACUCAGUCCAUCAGGAGAUCCAAGAGUUCCUGAAGUCAAAGAACAGAUCAAAGUACCUCUCUGUGAUCCACUGCUCAGCUCUGGCCCACAUGCUGCAUAUGUCAGAGGAGGUUCUGGAUGAGUUGGACCUGAAGAAGUACAAAACAUCACUGGAGGGAAAACUGAGACUGAUUCCAGCUGUGAGGAACUGCCGAAAGGCUCUACUACCUGGCUGUUUUCUCUCAGCGACUCACUGUGAAGUUGUGGCCUCAGCGCUGAAGUCCAACCCCUCCCAUCUGAGAGACCUGGACCUGAGUCUCAACAAGCUGCAGGAUUCAUCAGUAAAGCUUCUAUCUGCUGGACUGCAAAGUCCACACUGUAGACUGGAGACUCUGAGAUUGUGGGGCUGUGGGUUGUCAGAGUUCAGCUGUGCUUCUCUGGCCUCAGCUCUGAUGUCUCACCCCUCCCAUCUGAGGAAGCUGGACCUGAGUGAUAACGAGCUGCAGGAUUCAGGAUUGGAGCUGCUGUGUGAUUUUCUGAAGAGUCCAGACUGUGGUCUGAAGACUCUAAGAUUGAGGUGGUGCAGUUUGUCAGAGAUCAGCUGUGCUAAUCUGGCCUCAGGGCUGAAGGCCAACCCCUCCCAUCUGAGAGUGCUGGACCUGAGAGACAACAAGCUUCAGGAUUCAGGAGUGAAGCUGCUGUGUGACUUUCUGGAGAGUCCAAACUUUGAACUGGAAACUCUGAGGGUGGAUGGCAGAGAAUACAAGGCUGCACCUGACAUACAUGAAGGACAUCCGUCCACGUUGAAGACAAACCUCUAUGUGUCUGAGGACAGAAGAGAGGAUCAGUUGUGUGAUCAGCUCCUUUUUCAGUCUCAGGAAAUGUUACAUUUCACACCUAAACUGCUGACUGAGUCUGGAAAGACUUCAUACAGGUUCAGGUGUCCUGGUCCAGGUGGGUUCCAGUGUGCUUUGACUGGACUGGUGUUUGUUACGACUCAGGAGGCGGAGCUGCUGUACAACACUGUCCAAUGGGAUGAGAGCCUCCUCCAAUCAGCUGGCAGGAUGGCUGCAGGGCCGCUGUACGACAUCAAGUGUUCAGAGGAGGCUGCUGUCUGUCAGCUCCACUUUCCACACUGUGAAAUCAUAGAUGCUCCUCUGCCUGAUGGCCUGUUGUCUGUCGUCCACAUCACUGAUGAUGGGAUGAGCAUCCUGGAGCCGCUGGAGAUUACUGACACUCACGUGGUUGUAAAUGUCCCUCAUCUCUCUGUCUUUGGCCUGAUCUGGGAUGCUGUUACAAGGUUGUGGACGAAACCGGUUAGCGGCCAAGUUCUGCUGUUCCUCGGACAACCAAACCCAGAAACACAGAGGCAAAAACUCAAUUUGCUUCUCCUGCCGAGAAACAUCCCUCUGAACGAGGUGAGGGAACAACAUCAACAAUCUAGAAACAUCCAGGUUCCUUCCACAUGUAGACUCAUCAAAGAUCAAAGUUACACCGUCCAAUGUCCUCAGGCCGUUAAAAUACAGCCGGACAAAGCAGAUUUUGAGCUGGAGUUCGGACCAAACUACCACCCAACGUUUGAGAUCCGCCUGCCUAUAAACACACCAGAAGUGACUUUAAGAGUCCAAGACGAAGGACAGAGCGUCUGGGAGCAUGACGUGGAACUGAUUGCUCCAAAACUCAAAAUCCCAGCACCAACAGAGGACAGAAACCCAGCAGAGGACAGCGACUGGGCUUUGGUAGGAACAACAGCUACAGAGGUCCUGUUUAACACUCUGGAUAACCUCAGAGAAGAGGAGUUUAAGAAAUUCAAGUGGUUCCUGACGAACAGUGAACACGUGAAAAACACACCCAUCCCAGUGAGCAGGCUGGAGAAUGCAGACAGGAUGAACACCAUUGAUCUGAUGAUCCAGACCUUCACAUCUGCUGGAGCUGUGGAGGUCACCAAACGGCUCUUAAAGAAGAUACCUAGGAUUGAUCUGCUGCAGAAAUUGGUCAGCAUUUUAGAAACAUCAGAUCGAAGAGGGGUCAUUUCAGAGGACAUCAUCCCAAAAGAGGACAGAGACCCAGCUGAGGACAGAGACCCAGCUGAGAAGAGUCUGUGGCGAGUUCGGACACAGUUUGUACAGCGAAUGUCUGAUCCAGUUCUGAACCAGCUUCUGGAUAAUCUCCUUGAGCGUGGUGUUCUAACUGAUGAAGAAAUGGAGUCAGCCAGAACACAAGGCAGAGCAGACAAAGCCAGAGACGUGAUGGACACGGUGAGAAGAAAAGGAAGAGCAGCCAGCUCAGUUCUGAUCUCUGCUCUCUGUGAGGUAGAUCCGAUCCUUUCCAGAGAGCUGAGAUUAAUGUGAAGAACCAAACUGUGGAGAGAGAUGAUGAAUCUCUCCAAUAACUGACUCUUACACAUGAUUACUGAUUUGUAGUUUCAGCCACUAGAUGGAGGCAGAACUUCACUGAUAGACAAACAAGAUGCAAAUAAUAGAGAAAGAUUCCUGAGUGAAGAUUGAACACCUGCUGGUUAAAGAGAUACUGGUUGGUCAUUUACUCAUCCUCUACAGCCUCUGAUGUCAUCAAACAGCCUCUGAUGUCAUCAAACAGCCUCUGAUGUCAUCAAACAGCCUCUGAUGUCAUCUAACAGAUGCUGCUGAAUGCAGCGUGGCUUUUUCAGGCUCUGAACCACAUUUUGUCUUUUACAUGAUUUCUUGGGGUGACCCAAAUCUUCAGCGGUAUUCAGAGAAGAGGAACAACAGCUGUUUCACCUGUUUUUGAUGCUGAAUGUUUCAAUUGACAAACUGGGAAACAAUUAUAAUCAUAUGCACUACCGGUCAAAAGUUUGGGGUCACGUAGAAAGGUCCAUUCCAGACAGAAUACCAGCUGAGAUCAGUUUUUAACCAGGGCAGCAGUUUUCAGAUGACAUUAUGUGCUUACAUAAUUGCAAAAGGUUUCUCCAAUGUUUUCUCAGUUAACCUUUUAAAGUUGGUACUAGCAGUGGAAAAACACCAUCAGUGACCCCAAACUUUUGACCAGUAGUGUAUGUAUGUGUUGCUUGCUGGCCGUUUCUCCUGAAGGAGUGUGCAGGGUAUUCCCUGAACAUGGACUAACAGGCUGGCUCUGUUGCAGCGUAACAUUUCCUCCUGAUGCUCCAACACUACUCUUCCUCUAUAAUCAUGAAACUGGUGAUACUGGACACAGAGCAGAGGAAAUGAUGUCCCAGAGAUCUGCUGUACAACAGUAAAAACAGGACAGUCUUCUAUUUAUAUUUUUUUACAUGAGGUUUUACACAGAAAUGGGGUCAUAAAGUGUCUUAUUUCUUUUAAAUUAAACUCCUGAUAUACAGGAAAGGACUUAAUGUCUGUCAGUUUGGUUUAGAGAGUUUCUGUUUUUAUUAUUUUGUCUCCUCUGAUAACAGCUGACAGUAGAUUGAUGUUUGACAGCUCUGUGCCGGCUCCAAAGAACGGUUGUGAAGCGGUCCCAGUCUGGUUAGGUUUAGGCAUUGUUGUCUCUCUUCAUCCGUCCAGACCCUGAAGGGGGAUUAGGGCCUCAGUCUGAGACCAGUUAGGACGGAGGCCGCUUUGAAAAAGGGACUAAGAGGCAAAUCUGGGUCGCACAUUCCUACAAAAACUUCCACUAUGAAAAAAAAAACUUUCUUAUGUAUUUCUUAUAUUUUUUCAUAUUUUUCUAUUUUAAAUGAUGUCUUUUAACUUUUGUACUGAGUUCAUUGUUAUGCACCAAAUCACAAGAUAUAU